AUGCCGCAGCAGGAUUCCAUUAAAGAUGUGGGGUAUGAGACAAUGGCAGGCUUUGAGUACUGCACUUCACACUGUGGUAGUGCUGGCAAGAGACAAAGAGACAGAAGGAAAGGAAAGAAUAGCUCAACACAGGAGAAGGACUCUGCUGCAUACUCAUGCCAUCUGAGUUGCAAGGGUCACUCACAGAUGGACAGCAGUGUGUACAGUCCUGGACAGCAAGCGUUCUGGUUCAGACGAGACUGCGUCAUGCUGGAAGAACCAUACCUGAACGGAUCGACACGCCUUCUUGUCCUCCUGAUGUUCGGGAUGUCAGUCCUGGAGAACACACUUUACUACUCGAACAUUAGAUCAGGUGUGCAUGAAGAGAUUGAAAAUGAAAGAGAAGCGUUGGUACAAGAACAGAGGUACUAUCGAGCUCAGGCUCGCAAGCUUUCUUUGGAAACAAAUCGCAGACGAAAGGCUCUAGAAGAGAGAAGGAAACAGUGGGAUGUUCUAGAGCAGAGACUGAGGGAGAAUAUUCUACAGCAGCGUCAUCAGAGGGUCCAGGAUGCCACAGAAAACUUCCAAAGAGCUCAUCUCCCUCGUUCCCAGAGAAGAAGACCAGCCUUUAAGAGAAGAACAGUCAACCUUGAUGAAGCACUUCAUCAUAUUCAGGGCAGUCCACACUUGUAUAUCCAACAAUCGCCCUUUUUGGCUGGUUCCUCCACCAUUAGCAGGAGCUGCAUUCCCUCCUCAAAGCCUUCAGGGGUCGCCCAUCACCUACGUGUCUUAUCUGCAGCUGAGGCCUACGCCAAACUCCUGCAGGAGAAGAGCCUGAGUAACUUCAAGAACAACCAGCUGCUCUUCCCAAGUGAGCAACUGGAGACCCAGAAAGAAAAAGAGCAGGCCGGUCCACAGGAGUCUCUUGAUACCCCACGUAGUUUGGACAGCUUAGAGAAUGGACACACUCAGAAGACCCAUGACACUACAGCAGUUUGUUGCUCCCACCAGAGCACCACCUGUGCCCAGUCUUUCUUCCUCCCUGUGAAUCCCCCUAAGCUCCAAAACCCCAAAAGCUAUACAUCACCAGACAGACAGUCCAACAACCCAUGUUCACCAUCUCACCCCUCCUGUUUCAUAGCAAAGAGUAUCCUGGAGGAGUUCUUAAAUCAGCAGAGCAAACUUAGUCUCAACUCACCCUCACCAAAGGAUCAUGAGUCAACAGAGGAAAAUAGGAGUCUCCGGAAUCGCACACGAGAAAGAUUUGAUAACUCAAAAGACCAGUUGCAGACCUUCAGCAACCAGUCUCAUGGCUGCCAAAAAGAGCUGACUCAGCAGGUCUUUAUAGCUAAUUCAGAAUAUAUUACUCAUGAUAAUGACAGGAACGCUCAAGGGAACAUUUUAAAACACAAAGGAUCUGUGGUUGCCCACUGCAAAACACAAGCCUUGCCAGACACCACACCCCUGGAAUUCUUAAGUCUGACUAAAAACUUCAAGUCAGAAUCCAAACAGCAGACAAGAACCCCGGAGGAGAAAUAUGCUAAACAUUUAUCAGAAGCACUGACAGCUCUUCCAGUCAGCAGAUGCAAACACAGCAACAGCUCCGUCAAAGCCUUUUUGAGCUCCUCUGCCCAUCUUAGAAUAACGCAUCAGACUGACAUGAGUUCCCCAAACAUACAACCAAUAGAAGAACUGAAUUCUUCACAGUCACAUAAACACAAACCAGAUGUAUUUGUUGCCAACGGGCUCAAGAUAGAAUCCAAACCGCUAUGCAAAGAGGAGAGUAAAAGCAUAAAUUCUUCAGAACCUAAAAAUGAAACGGAUGUCACCAAACUGGCCAAAGCUGGUGUGCUGGAGUCUUCUAAAUGUAUAGAGGAACCAAAUAGAACAUCUGCAGACCCUAUGACCCAUUCUGCCCCUCACAACAAUGUCAGAUGCCUAAAAGGGUUUCUUAAAAACCAUUUAAAAUCCAAAUCAGGAAAUGUCAAAUUCACUUAUACACCUGGCCAUUUGCUUUUCACCAAAGAAGUGGCCAUAUUAAUCCGGGACAGCGUAGAGCUGACCAGGGCAAAACUCAAUUAGCCAGAGCAGAAUAGGACCAUUGAGAAGAAACUACGCUGGUUUGAUGAGGUAGAUGAAGUUGACGGGGUGGACCAAAUGUUUAGAGACCCCAGCUGGCAUGCUAACCUGCCUCAACAAACUCAUAAACAGCUCUCGGCAGAUCAAUCAGGCCAUGUGAAUUUACUCACAGGGGUAUCAGAGAACAACUCCAAUAAGACCUCUGCUGUCCCUACUGGGCCCCAAUCCACUAGACAGGCCUGGGCAGAUGUAGAUCCCCACGAAAGCCGUACACAGAAACAUAUCAAGGAGCCCACCUCUCAAAAAAGAGAACUCUCCGUUGGGGGCCCACAGACUCCCCAGAGAGCACGCUUAGCCAGAGUCGGCUCGUGUCCCGUUACCUCCCAGGCCAGGAAGGGCACUAUCAUCAGACCACAAUCUGCCUGGGAAGCACAACAUGUGGCCAAGACCCAGGGGAAGACUUUGGUGCCUCGACCCCCUCCAAAACCUGAAGUUGAGGAGUGUAACUUAGCUGAGUGUCCCGUGUACAUCUCAAAGGCAUCCUGCAAUGCCGAUGGUGUACUGAGCAGACCAGAUCUGCAGGAUCUGGCCCUUUACAAAGACACUCCAAAUAGAGAGACAAUAGAUCUUCGGCCUACCCUCAGAACAGAUACUGUCUGUGCUCCAGUGCCACCCUGUUGUACCUACACCCAUGAGACAGGCAUCUGUUCCCUUUCCCCUCCAGAUGCCCUUGCAGACAGUGCCAGGCGCAGGUGUGGAGAGAACGGGAUAUGUUUGGACCGGACUCCAACAGAUGAGGAGAUCACACUGCUGUGGCAUUGUGUCCGAAAUGCUCUCUCCAGCAAAGACGGUGACCCUCAAAGGUUUCUUGCUCACAAUGGCACGUUGUCUUCUUCGCCCAGCCUGUCCCAUGUCACCAUCAGUGGUGAUAGUCUGAUCAGUCUUGUCAAUGGAGCCACAAAAAUGGGUGGCUUUUUCUUGUCCUCCUCUAUAGUUUUAUGCCCAGAGGUUUCAGACGGUGCCCAUGAAGUGGUGGACUGUGCGCAGACCCAUAAGUUCUGCGACGGUCCGAUUGCUCCAUUGAGCCACAGAAUACAGUCCCUCAGUGUCAGUGCUCUUUCAUUCGAGGAGCAGAAGAUCCUGCAGUCAUUCGAGAGACUUAAUCACCGCCUGCAAUAUGUGCGAGAUGCAGCUGGUGGUAUCCCAGCAGUGAAGGGCAUCUUGGCUCUGGGUCCUGUGUUUAACCAGACCGGUGAGGCUGUAGGUGUCACCGUGCGUAGGCGGCGAGCCUCUGCUGAUAAUCGCACCCGAACUCGACAGCGUUACAGAUUACACCUUCUCUCAGCUGCACUUUGCAAACCUUCAAACCUUAUGAUUAUACGUAUGUUGUAUAUUGUAGAGACAUACUAAAAUAACUGAGUGGUAUUGAGAGUUUUGAAAUGUUUUUGAAGGAAUAGUUGACCCAAAAAUGAAAAUCAAGAUGUAAAUGAAUUUGUUUCUCCACAGAAGAACAGAUAUUGAGAAUUUUAGCAUUUCAUCACUUGCUCACCGAUGGAUCCUCUGCAGUGAAUGGGUGCCAUCAGAAUGACAGUCCAAACAGCUGAUAAAAACAUCCACACAACUCCAAUCCAUCAGCUAACAUCCUGUCCUCUAUUUAUAGAAAUGCUUUCUCCAGUGAAAACGUUGUCUCUUCUGAAUCAGGAGAGAAAUAUUUACAGAAAAAAAACUGAUAUUUAAUAUUUUGAUGUAAGAGGACAACAGGGGAUAGCCUUUUUUACUAGAUGAAAUAUUAUUAUGAAUUAUGAACUUGGAUUUUGGAAGCACAAGUUCAAAAGCCUUAACGAUGGAUUUGUUUCUUAAACACAGGCAGCUUUGCACUUCACAUGAUGAUAGUUCAUCAACUCACCGAUUAUUGUGAUGUUUAUUUUUUCCAGCUGAUUGGAAUAAUUCUGACUUCACACAUUCACCACUGAGAGUCCAUUGGUGAGCAAUUGAGGCAAUGUUGAAUUUCUCAAACUUAUCUUUAUAUAUAUUUAUAUAUAUAUAUAUAUAUAUAUAUAUAUAUAUAUAUAUAU